UCUGUUCUCAGCAAAAUGCAGAACGAAAAUCCUUCAAGUGAUGGCCUUAACACCAGCACCAUUGAUGUCAACAAAAACUAUACUUCCUCUGAUGCAACUUCACCACACUUGGCUGAUAAUCCAUUUCUCUCACCUACUUCAACUCACCAAUUCGAUUCCUCUGAAUUCAUGCCCAAUUUCUACUCAACUUUCUCUCGUAGCUCAAAUUCACCUUCCUUAACCUCCUUUGACGAUACUGAUGACCUCGUUGAUCACCACCGCCUCCAUCAACCUAGCUACGUUCUCGAGUACCAGCAACUCUACAAUCGCUACACUCUCUGCCUUGCUCAUCUACAGGAAUCUAUCAAAGAAGUUGAAGCUCUUCAUCAGGAGAAUGAAUCUCUCAGGCUUGUUAACACCGAUUUGGAUCGACGCCUUAGCCUCCUCACUCAGGCUACCAUACAAAACUGCCUUCUCUCUGAUUUCAAUCGUUUCGGUUUGGGAGUCAAUCAUGAUAAUCAAACCCCUGAUCCCAGACCUCCGAACAUCAGGCAGGGAAACGUCAACGUGGUGGAACCAAACAGGCCUGAGCGAAGGAACGUCGAACAACGAGUCUCGCUCCCUAAGAGCAUUUCUGUCCGCUCGAGCGGUUAUCUCAAGUUGAAAGCACAAGGUGGAGGAAACAAUGGAGGUCCCAGCCAGGGAAAAACUAAGCAAAAAUCUACAAAUCCACCACUUACUGAAUCUCAGCAAAGAGUGUAUGUUCCAGGAGGGAAGAAGGAAGAGGAGGCAGUAGAGUUUGAUGUUUACAACCAAGGGAUGUUCAAGACAGAGCUGUGCAACAAAUGGCAGGAGACUGGGACUUGCCCUUAUGGAGAAAACUGUCAGUUUGCUCAUGGUAUCACAGAGCUGCGCCCAGUGAUUAGGCAUCCACGCUACAAGACUGAGGUCUGUCGUAUGGUCCUAGCAGGUGAUAUGUGCCCCUAUGGUCACCGUUGCCACUUCCGUCACUCCCUCACUGAGGAAGAGCGACGAACAGGUCCAGCCCUCUUCUGAUGACUCGACUCCAUAUAUCUUCAAUUGUUUGUAGGUGCAAAACUGCAAUUCUAUGGUUCAAUUUCGCAUAUUCAUAAAUCCCCAAAAAGCAAUAAGAUGGUCGAUGGACAGAUUUUCACGAAUAUUACGUGUAUAAAAUACUUGGACAGAUAGGAAGGUUAUGUUAUGAGGAUUAUAUUUGGAGUGACACCUGGCUACCUGCCCAAGUCACAACGCACGCACUCAGCAAAAUAGAAAAAUUACGGACGAGGUUUUUGGAGUUGGAACUGGAGACGUAUAUAGAGAAAUUCUAAGUUCUUUUGUUGGUUGUUAGCUAAUAUUUCAAUUUUCAAGUGUUCAUGUCGAGCAUGUACCACUUGUGGCAAGGGCAUGGAGCGGUAGUAGGUGCUUAAAAUCUUUGUAAUGAUCAUAAGCUGUUUGAGGCAGUAGUCUGGCCAAUUGCAACUUGGUUUAUGAAGACUUACGGUGUUCAAAUAAAUUGAAAAAUCACUUAGCUAAAAGUCUAAUUAAACCGACUCGAUAAA